AUGGCUGCGUCUGUGAAUAGAUCCGAAAGUAAUCACAGAGAAAAAGUGCAGAAAGUAUUUAUACAACGGGAUUAUUCUGAAGGAACUAACGUUAAGUUUCAAACCAAAUUUCCCCCUGAACUGGAAGAUUUAAUAGAUAGACAUUUAUUUGAACAGACCAUCAAUACACUCAAUAGAAUAUACGCAGAAGCUGAGAAAACAAGCACCACAACAUUUUGCGAAGGUUGCCUUGCUUGCCUAACUUCAUACGUUAUUUAUUUGUGUAUGGAAACUCAUUAUCAAAAAUGUUUAAAAAGAAUAUCGGCUUACCUUGAAGAUCAAAAUGAAACUGUAUAUUUGCCUCGAGGUCUUCUCAUCACUGAUCCCAUAGAGAGAGGACUACGAGUUAUAGAGAUAGCUAUUUUUGUUGAUCCUUCUAAUCGAGCGUGA